GCCAUUCUCUGAAGCAUGAACUCGUGGCUAGUGCUAUCAUUCUCAUGAGCCAUGAUGCGUCCCUAGUGGUAGCUUGAAUCCACCAGUAGAAGAGCCAUGUCAGGAGAGGAAGAAGCCAGUCUCCAGUGGGGUCGUCUGGUCGUGCAAGAACCUUACAGCACAACCGCUUCAUCUUUCAGUCUGACUGACGGCAUGCUUGAACCACCGAGCUCCGAUCCCCUGACUCCUCCGCUGCCCCGCCUCGCGAAGAAAGCGCCACCCGCGCUGCACCCUUUGACGCUUUCUUCCGCAACUCGAACGCAUCGGGGCACCGACCAAACUACUUGUGCCUCACCCGCGAAAUGGCCUGGGGAUAGAAUGCCGCGAGCGACCAAGGUGGUGCAACCGCUUUCUAGUUGUGUUCCCGUUUCCUGCUCUGCCUCUCUUCGCCGCUCUGCGACGAGCGAGGAGCCAUGCAUCCCUGUGGCGUCUGAAAAGUUGUACGGGCCCUGUUGAAGCAGGUUAAGCUAAGACUAUUGCCUCUAGCAAAAGUACCCAUUGAAGGGAAAGAGCUGAUCAGCUGAAGAAGCAUAAAGGGAACCAUGACUGAAAUGGAAGAAGCUCUGAGAUCCUGCAUGGAGCGACUGGUAAUUGCAAGAGAAGAGCGGGAGCAGAUCAUCGUCGAGGCAGCCAACGAGAUAUCCUCGGAGAAGAAGAAAGUCCAGGAGCUCCAGCACAAGCUGGAAGAGGCGAACAAGAAGGCAGCGAAGCUUGCCGCCGAGAACAGCGGCCUCUGCAAGGCCGUCGACGCCAAGGAAGCGCUGAUCAGAGAGCUGAGGCAGUCCGAGGCGGCCGCGGGCGACAAGCUCGCCGACGCGACGGCGAGGCUCGAGUCGGCGCAGAAGCAGGCCGGCUCGCUGCAGUACGAGGUGCUCAUGCUGCAGAAGGAGCUGGAGGUCCGUGUCCAGGAGCGGGAGUACGACCUCAAGUCCGCCGACGCCGCGCGCAGGCAGCAGGGGGAGCACCUGAAGAGGAUCGCGCAGCUGGAGGCCGAGUGCCUGCGGCUGCGCGCCAUGGUCCGCAAGCGGCUCCCGGGGCCGGCGGCCAUUGCCAAGAUGAGAGACGAGGUCGACGGGCACAAGCAGACACCCGGGGCCAGCCCGAGGCGGCCGCGCCCGGUGACGCCCUCCUCGCCGCGGUCGGUGACGCCGUUCUCGUCGCGCACCGCGUCACCGUCGCCGCGGCGCUCGGUCUCGGACGCCGAGAACUACGCGUUCAAGCUCCGUGCCGUCGAGGACGAGAACAAGGAGCUGAAGCAGGAGCUCGCCAAGAGGGACAGUGAGCUGCAGUUCGUGCAGAUGAAGUACGCCGACGAGGCUUGCAAGCUGACAGUGGUGCAGAGGCAGCUCAAGGAGCUGACAGAAGAGAACAGACAGCUGAGUGAUGCUAACUGUCAGUCUGAAUCUUGGGCUUCUGCUCUGAUUUCUGAACUCGAGCAGUUCAGGUCCGGGAACCAGAUUGGUGCGUCCAUCAUAGCAUCAUCUGACAUGAGCUUGCUAGAUGAUUUCAUCGAGAUUGAGAAACUGGAGAUGGCAUCAGGUGAUCGGAAGCGAAAUGCACCACUUGCAUCUCCGAAGAAGGCGGAUACGAGAUCGGUAACGCGAGAGAAGAAUGGCAAUGAUCUUGUCAUGAAUGGUAGUAUCUCCAGCGGUCAUCCUGGAAGGGUUCAGGAUAUUUGGGAACUGGUAAUGCAUAAGCAUGAAUCAACUCAGGAAAGCAUUGAAACCAUCAUUGAGGAAAUAAGGCACGCACUGGUUUUGGAUCAGAGUGCUGUUUCUGCCAAAAGAGAAGAUUCGGAUGUAUGGUAUGACCGGUCUGAAAUAGAGAAGAUAGUCAGAGAUCUGGUUGAAAAAGUCACUUCCAUGAUUGGCACAUCUGCAGAAGAUAAUGUUUCAAGGUCAGGAUCACUGUUGCAUAACAAGUCUGAACUUUGCGGUCGCCUUGAGUACCUGGUUGAACUCUGUCAUGAUCUACUACAUGGGAAAGCUAAGCUUGAAAAGUUCAUCGACGAGGUUUGCCUGAUCCUGAAGUUCAUAGUGAGCCAAUACUUCUCAAACCAAGAUCCAUCUGACACUGUGGAUAGUGAUAAGUAUUUCGAUGGUGAUAAGUCACUAGGUGCAGUGAACACAGAAAUUCAACAUGACAUCCAAAGUGCAAAACCAGCAGCAGCUCUAGAUAUUCAGACAGAAGCACAAGAGGAACAAGUUCAAUCAGCUGAAGGCCAGAUUAUGGUCAGUCAUCAAGAGAAGCUUGAUAAAGAGCUGACACAAAUUAUACAUGCUCAGGAUGAAAAUAUCCUGCCGGGAAGAAAAUCUACGUACUGUGAGAUAGAAAGCCCUGCUGCUGAGGCAAGUGUGGAAGAUUGGGCAGCACAAGAGGAAAAUCAGUUAGCAACAAACUCAGAGAUACUGGCAGCAGCCGAUAAGCUCGCCGAGUGCCAGGAGACGAUCACAACUCUAAGCAAGCAGUUGCAGGCUCUAAAGAUUCCAGCAACAUCAGGUCCUCUGGACAGUCCAAUCUGCAACCCCAGGCCGAGCUCAGCAAAGUCCGACUAUAAGCCCCAGUCACUCGCAAGCAUCCUCGCCGAAGAGUUCGCUAAUGCUGAGGGUUCUAGGUCUCCUGCUACACCCAAACAAAUGCAAUUGAAGAAAGAAGAAGACGAGCUUUAUGCCACACCGAGAAGGAGCAUAGCACAAGAGCAGAACGCCGACGCUGAUGACGAGGAAUCGACGCUAAUCGUUGCCCAUCCAGUGUUCGCCGAGCCACGGAAAGACGACGUUUCGGCUGAUCCUAGGAAGAAGAAGCGGGGUCCAAGCCUGCUGGGCAGGAUAAUGUUCAGAAAGAAAGUGGAAGGUGGCUCCUAGGCUGCGCUGAAUCAACAUGGUGGACGCACUGCUGCUGGUGCUGCAUGUGUUCCAUCUAAUUUAGCACUGCACUACUGCUACGUUAUGACCAGUGAUUUUGGGCUUGUUCUGUUUGUUACAAAUUCUUGCAUUCCUGCUCCCAGUGAGCGAUCUCUUUGGCCAUACAUUCUGUUCCAGAGCCUGGUAGUGACAGAUGGCAACACAGGCUCUGGCACAUGAUGUGAGCAACCAUCUGUUUUUUUCCUUGGCGUACAUGAACGGUUUUCUUUGUGUAUUUAUGCACCUCAUGGCUGUGUAAAUGUUAAUUUAAUGAAGGAAAAUUCAUUAUUUUUCCUUCCAGGAACAGUACAGUAAUAGAACAUUUGUAUUCCUGA